CUUCCCUCAUACAUCAAUCAAUAUAACAACAGGAAUACCACAACUCACUGAUUACGAUAUAUCGUGACCAAUUACCCCUUGUCCAUCCAACACUUUGGCCAUUUGCACAUUUGUUCAGGGUAUUGCAAGGUACUGACCCUAGGUAGGCAACACAACUCCUAACCGGGAUUGUCCCCAAACUUCCUUGUCGGUUUCUACCAUUUCUACGUUGUUAAUGCUUUAAGGCAGAUACGGGCCAUGUAGAGUCCCUUUAAGUAUUUACUAAGGCUCAUCUUACAAAGCUUUUAGUCGGGGUACGGAGAACAGAGGCAACGAUAUUUACAGAUUAAAGCCUAUAAGACGGAUUGACGCAAAACGCCCGUUUGCAAUAAUGUCAGCAUAUAGAAUGGAUAGCCUAGGGCAGAAGUCCAGUGCACCUAGCAAAUGGACUCGAAAUCAGGAAUCUCAAUCCCGAAAUCUGAAGCCCGAUGCAAAGUCUAAAAAUGAGACUCUCAAGCCUGAGACAGUCGGAUACUUCAAUCCUUCCCUCAAGGACCCCCAUAAUACUGGCAUCAUCGCCGUAGGAAAGUACACAGUCUUCACAAACAUCUUUCCAUUCACCGAUCGCCUAAGACAGCUCGCUGUUUCCCAUGGGGAAGACAGUGUCAAGACAGUAUGGACGAAUUGUCUUCAGGAGACAGCGUUGGCGUGGUACUUUACGGAACUCACGGAUAUGGAGAAAGAUGCUCUCCAAAAGUUGAGUUUGGAUUGGGUUAUCUAUAAACUCAUCAAAGCGUUUCGCAAGUCACCUAGCGAGGCUUUGCAGAGUCUGAAGUCAGCCUCCUUCACCCUACUUGACCUGAAGAGAGGCAAGAGAUUGAGGCCUUUUGUUUAUGGUAUCAUUCAAGAUGCAAGAGCGUGUGACUUACCGCCUAAGAUCCAGUUGCUAUAUGCCUUCGAGGCUUUCGACGUUGAGAUCCAAUCCCAGCUGUCAAAGCCUACAGACAGCACUACCCUUGGAGCGUUCUUCCAACAGCUUGACGACAGGGAGAGUGUUCUUCUAGCAAAGGCCAGACAGUUACCUAUAUCCCAGGAUCUCCAGCUCCAGCAAGGUUAUUCCCGGCCCCAAUGGACUCCCUCCAACCAGGCUUCCAACCAAAAUUACAAUUCUGGGAUGCAAGGAUAUCUACAUGAAGGUCGAAUUCCACUCCUAGGCCAGAAUUCCGGGAAUAAUGGUCAGGAGCCGAGAAAUUAUGCUGCGCCCCCUAGAUACCCAUAGCUCCGAGGUACGGAGACCGACCUAGAUGACCCCUUCGCAGAUCCCUGGUAUCAAGACGCUUUAUGGGAAGCUAUGGAUAAUCUCCAGAGAUUUGGAUUCGAAGACUUUGAGAUUUUCCGAGUCGAGUUCACGGAAGCUAGCAUGACAUAUAGAAC